GGGGCACCGUGUCCGCCCCCCCGGUCAAGCCGGGCCACCUAGGGCAGGCUGGCCACGAUCGCGUCAGCUUUGGAGCAUCUCCAAGGAGGGAGGAGGCUCCACAGCCUCUCCGGGCAGCCUGUGCCAGCUCUCGGCCUCUGGUGUUUGUCCCUUGUCCUGUCCCGGGGCACCAUAGAAAAGGGCCUGGCUCCUUCUUGGCACCUUCCCUUCAGACAUAUAUAUAUGUAAGUCCCGGGGCAGCCUUCUCCAGGCUGAUCAGCCCCAGCUGCUCUCAGGAGAGGUGCCCCCGUCCCAUAACCAUCUCCGUAGCCGUUCGCGGACCCCCUGCAGCAGCUCCAUGUCUCCCGUUCCGCGGGGGGCCCCGACCUGGGCGCAGUACUGCAGGUGCUCAGAGGCAGGACCACCUCCCUCGUCCUGCAGUCACACUUCUCCCAGCGCAGCCCAGGAUCCUGUCCUCCUUCACAGCCAGGGCACUGGCUCACCGUCAGUUUAAGCAUCCACCAGGUCCUUUCCUACAAAGCUGCUUAGAGAGUUCACCACAUCUCUAACAGCUGGGUCCAAACGCAAGCAGCUCUCCAGCAGACCACCAGGGCAGCCAGGGUGUCGUGGCCGUGACCCGAGGACGCCAUUUGCUGGGGGCUCCCAAGCCUGUGCCUUGCUGCACGUGGGGCCUCCGGCUGCCGGCGGCCCUAGCCUGCUCCUGCCUGCGGCGGAGCCCGGGGGCACCUCCAGCUCGGUACCGGCCAUUGAACACCCCCCGCGGUGCCCUGCCGCUGGGACCGUUGCGACAGUUGCGACAUGGCACGACGCCCGCUGCCGCCCGCUCCCGCCAGAACAAUCGGGAGAGGCGGCGGCCAGCGGCAGCCUGCGGCGGGCCCGUUGGGCGCUGGGCGCUCCCCGGGGGCGGCACCGAGCCGGCGGCACCAGCCCCGCCGUCAGGGCGCCGGGCCCUGGGAGAGGCCUCGGGGCGGAGGCCCCGUUAGCACUGGCCAGCUGAAAGGCGACAGAAGCUCAAAAUGGGUGACGUUGAAAAAGGCAAGAAGAUCUUUAUUCAGAAAUGUUCUCAGUGCCACACAGUUGAAAAAGGUGGAAAGCACAAGACAGGACCAAAUCUUUGGGGUUUAUUUGGCCGCAGAACAGGACAAGCUGCAGGAUUUUCUUACUCAGAUGCAAACAAGAACAAAGGAGUUACCUGGACUGAGAGUACACUGAUGGAGUAUUUCGAAAACCCUAAGAAAUACAUUCCUGGUACAAAAAUGAUUUUUGCUGGAAUUAAAAAGCAGAAUGAAAGAGCUGAUCUUAUUGCAUACUUGAAAAAAGCAACUUCUUCAUGAAACAUGGCUGCAGCAGCUGUAGUAACAGUGCAAAUGCUUUUAAUUUUGAGUAGCUGCUAUGUCAGGUUUUAGCAUUUUGAUGUUUAUUGUUCAUUAGGGACUGGCCUUAGCAAAACCAAAGAAAUGUAUGUUUUAAGAUGCUGCAUCCUAAUAAAUAACACUGAGAGGUGAGCAUUAUUUAUAUCGUGUCAUGUAGUAGUUCAUAGACCUUUGUGGAGUGCACUACAGGAAAAUAUUGUUCCUUUCUCUAAGGAGAUCUGGGAGCCCAAUUCUGCAACUAGUUAUUCAAACACUGAAACUAUUAUUAUCUGGUUGUGGCUACAUAAAUACGAAAGCUCCUAUAAGUAUUAGAACUGAUGACUAAAUUAAGUUUUUCUUUUGGAGAAAAGCCCUCAGUAUUACCAUCUGGGAAGAAAGGUACUAUAUACAGUAGACAGGAGAAUAUGACGUUACAUUAAAAGAACACUGUAUGAAGAUGAUGGAAGUGGAAUAUCAGGAACAUCAAAUAUGUUUAGGGGACAAGGAACCUUUCAGUCAUUAUGUUCACCUAAAAGAAUCUUGAGAUUCUUUUUGUUUUUUGUGAAUCUUCUUGUUUUAAAAAUAUAACCCUUCUCACUGUGUUGUUAGUGUUCCUUCAUGUAUUAAAACAACAUAAUCAUCUACCAGUCUUCUUUCAGAGAUGUGGAUUUUUUUCUCCGCUUGAUGCUAAUAUAUGAAGGUAUGCUCAAACAUGUAGAAUGAAUGAGGGCUGACUAGCUCAAGCAAUUGAGAUUAGUAAUACAUAUUUUCACGAACAGUGGAGGAUUGAUGAAGGUGAUUAAAGCCCUCCUAAAACCUCCUCAUAAAUCUCUACUCUACCACUUGAAUUGGGAUUUACAAUGUAAUUAUCUGUUUACACAAAUGAUUUUAAAAUGAUUAAAACAAAACUCUACUCAAGCAAGGUUUCCUUAUGUCAUCACAGAAGGGAGCAUUAGUACAAAACUAAUCGUAUCUGUUCUCAGGUACUUAUUUUAUCAGUAUUGUUCCAAUGCUUGCCAACUACGGGCUUUAACUAGUUGUCUUACCGUGUUCCAUAGAGGUGAAUUCUGUUUUUAACUAAGGGAGUAAGUGAGAGUGGGGUAAAAAGUUCUGUGACAAGUGAAUGAGUACCUGCUUUUCUUUUCUUUUGUACUCUAGCUGUAAGAUACUUUCCACUUUCAAUUUAAUAGUUAGGACUUGUUCUAUUGACUGUUUAGACAAUUAAAGUACCUGCCUGAAUGACAAAA